AACUAAGCACUAGUUUCAUACCAAACAAUCUUUUAUGAUGUAAACAGAGUGCACAAUACUCUUACAUUUUCAUCCCAUUACUCUUUUGCAAAAGCAGGACAGAAAAAGAAAUAUUUACGUAAAUCAUCCUACCUCAAUAUGUGACAGAAAACUGCUGUCUGGUCACCUCAGUCAAUCAAAUGCAAAAGGAGAGAACGUACACUGGUACAGCUACAGUACACCCCAUUAUCUGUGCUACAAUUCACUGAGGUUCCACAUUAUCUAAGGCAAAUAUAUCAAUGGCAAAUGACACAAAUGUCACAACUUGUUUGCACAUGUCGUACAUGACUUCAUUUGCCCUGCCAUUCCUCUACUUUGUGGUAUUUGUUGUUGCCUUACCAGGAAACAUCAUUUCUUUGUGGAUAUUUACGAAAAAAAUGUCAAUCACAACACCAACUCACAUCUAUCUGAUCAAUUUAACAAUUUCUAAUUUACUUUUAUGCAUUAUUUUGCCAUUUAUGUUUGUUUACUAUAUACAAGGAUUCACAUGGAAAUCAAGCAAUUUCUUCUAUCAGUUCACUGUUGGGUUAGUGACCCCUGUCUUGCACAUUAACAUUUAUAUCAGUAUGGUCAUACUUACCUGGAUUGCAUUUACUCGCUAUGCUAUACUGGUUAAACAAAAGAAGGUUAGCUGCUAUAUUAUUAUAGUUAAUAAAUGUUACUCAGGAUUUUUAGAAAAUAUUCAAAAACCAAAGUUUGCCAAAAUAAUCUGUUGUGCUGUGUGGGUCAUUGCCAUCACUGGAAUACUUCCUAUUGUAUUGUUCUACGCCAUUAUAGAAGCAAAAGCAGAAGAAAAUGAUGAUACAUGCUAUAGCAAAAAAAUAGAAACCGGGGGAGAAGCUUCUCAAAUAUCCAAUUUUUUUGGUGCUGCCCUCUUUUUCAUUUGCUUUUGCUUAGUGCUAUUUUCUUACAUGUCCUUGGCAAGGCAUCUAAAUACAGUGUACAAAACCACAUCAAUAAUGGGAAGUGACAAAAUUUACAAAAAUGUUUUCAGAAAGCUGCUGCUCAUUCAGCUUGUACUUGCAAUCUGCUUUCUACCACAGCAAAUAUUCAAAAUUGUGUUUGUAAAACUUGUAAGAAAAACUACUUGUGAAAAAUUAACCCCUUUAGUGGAAGGAAAAAACUUUGUACUAUGGCUGUCUGUAUCCAGAUGCAUUACAGAUCCCAUUAUGUACCUAAUGCUUGAUAAAACGUUUCAGAAAAAUGUUUGUAUUCUAAUUAAAGUCAAAGAUGACCGUACAACCUUCAACAACUUAAAUGGAAAGAUCAAAGACAUUAAGUCUCUCGAAGAAAAGCGAAGUAAAGGGACAUGUUAUACAGAUACCCACAUAGAUGAACACAUCUGAGAAAAAAAGACUAUUUUAAUAUAGAAAUAACUCAUAAGUUAUCAUCAAGCAAAGAAAAAAUAAUACUUUGUAUUGACCUGUAUAGUAUUGCAAAAGGAAAAGGAAGUGAGUUCAAAGCAAAUUUGUGGUAAAAAGCCUCCAGCAGUGUGGCAAUUCACUGUUAUAAAGAUAUUUGAAACUUUUGUCUUUUAUACACAUUUAUUAAAAAAAAAAACCAAUGUAAAUAUGCUGCUGUUGUUUUUGGAUUAUAUAGUACAGUGAUCCCUCGCUAUAUCACGCUUCGACUUUCGCUGCUUCACUCUAUCGCAAUUUUUUUCUCAUACACGUUUACGUCACUACACAUGCGCUUUCUGAGAACUUUUAUCUAAGCCUUACGAUGACUCCUAAACAUGCUGUUUUUUCUAAGCCUUCUGACAAUAAAACUAAGCGCCAGAGGAAGAUGCUUACUAUC